AUGCCCGCCAUCGUCAAUCUCCUUUUCAAUGUCGUCUCAACCAACACCACCAUCUCGUUUAAUGUGGUGCUGCCCUUGGUCAGCCUGGUAUCUCUCCUCGGGGGCUUGGUGGGUCACCUUCUCCUGUGGUUGGUUCUGAUGAAAAACCGUCGCUCAAAGCCCAGCUCCGUCCUGCUCCUCAACCUAAGCCUGGCAGAUAUGGGCGCUCUGCUCACCUUGCCCUGUGUGCUUCUGAGUGCUGCUUUCCAGGAUUGGCAGCUGGGGGAUGCCAGCUGCAUUUUGCUGGGAUUCAUGACUUCCAUAACGGUGGGAGUGGAAAUCUUCAGCCUGGCUACUUUGUCCGUGCUUCGCUACCAUAUCGUUGCCCCGGGGACAAGACGACCUGUGAACUUGACCUAUGUGUUCUCAGUCGUUGCGGCUAUUUGGCUGGUCUCGGUCGCCAUGGUUUUACCCAAAGUCACCUACAUCGACUUUAACGGCGGUUGCACAUGGUCGGUAGGCCGAGAUGACUGGCUCUUUUUUCUGGUCCCGGCUUUCCUCGUCUAUUACGUGGGGCCUCUCCUUUGCAUUGCCAUCAACUGUGGCCUUAUCAUCUCGCACCUUCAUGGCUACAGGGGGUCUUUGGCUGCGCACAGGCGGAACAAAAAGUACAGUAUGUUUCUGAGCACGGCCCCCCCCCUCCGCCGAGGAAGCACACCCCUUCCUGUCAAGCACCAGCUGCGCCGAGAAGAAGCAGUGUCCGAGGACUGCGAUUGGAUCCCGGGAUUGGAGGAACCUACCACAUUGCCUAUCAGUGACACAUUACCUCGGGAUGAAUCGUUCAGUCAAACGUCAGCAGCCCAGUCCACCUACCACAGUCACGGAGGGGCACUGAAGAUUGUGCUACUGGGACAGAAUGGCGUCGGCAAGUCCUCGCUGGCCUUGUCACUGGCUGGCCAGUCGGACAGAUCCCUCUCUGUAGACUCUGAGACCCAAGCUUGUGGCGAGGGCUACGAGAAUUCGGUCACAGUUGACGACGAGGACAGCAAAAUCGUCAUUUUUGACAAUUGGAAACAGGACCUGUCCACUCUCCAGUGCGAUGUGUGCAUCCUGGUCUUCUCCGUGACUGACAGGCGGAGCUUCCAUCGCACGGCACAGCUCCGUCUUCUCCUCAGGGAGUCCCAGCCUCACACGCCAAUCAUCCUGGCGGGCAACAAGAGCGACCUUGUUCGCUCUCGUGAAAUCAGCACCGAGGAGGCCCAAUCCAGCGCCAUGAUGUUCGACUGCCACUACCUGGAAGUGUCGGCCUCGCUGGAACACGGCACCAACGAGCUGCUGGAGGCGGCCGUUCGAGCUGCGAGGGGCGACUGCGUGGGACCCGACUGGGCAGACGGUGACCCCGGGUCAGGACGCAGGGAAAGCUUGACCAGCCGGGCCAAGCGCUUUCUGGCCGGGCUCGUGCCACGCUCCUAUGGACGAGAGCGUGACAGAGGACGCUACCGAGAGAUGAGUCGCCGCCGGGGCAGCAAGAUCCUUCGGCAGAAAUCGCGCUCCUGCCACGACCUCAGCGCACUGUGACGUCCGAUACAUGCAUACAAGCACGCACGCCAACACUUGUGCGUGCGUGCGUGCGGACACACAUCAGACAUGCUACGUAUGGAAGGUCAAAUGAAAGAGGAUAGAGAAGUAGGACAGGGAGACAGACAAUUGCUUGAAGCUCACAUUCUGCAUGUCCAUUUGGAGAUAAAGCAUUUGAGUACUGACGAAAACAAAUCCAGGAAACACCACACGACUGGCUGGCUCGAUUUCACAGGUGAACGUUAACUUGGGUAAGGACUCAGGAAAGGGAAAAAGGAUAAGCUAUCAAAAAAGUCUCUUACAAAAAAAAUACUAGCAAUGUCAAAGUACAUCAAGAAUAAGCUCUGAAAACAAAAACAAAGACAGGAAACAAAACUGCUAUCGUUUAACAAUAAGGAGGAAUAGCAAACGACUCAAAAUACCUUUAAUUACUGGACACGAUCAUCGGCGUUCACUCCAUCACACAGCAAACAACAAAGUACAAGCAUUAUUCAUGUUUCACCUCAGGAGGUUUCAUUUUUAAUAUUUUCUUUUUAUUAUUAUUAAGAUCACUGCAGUACCAUGUAUUUUACAAAGCAUGAUUCUUUUGCAAAUUUUAAGGGACGGAAGAUAAGCGGUGACGUUUUUUUGGGUGUGAUUACUUUUGUUCCUUUCUUCAGGAGUGCAGGGUCUUUACACUAUUUUUCAUUUAUUUUUUAUUAUUACUUUAUUUUUCAUUUUUAACAUGUAAGAUUUCUACUGUCCCGACUUUUCCCCCAAUGAAUGAUCUAUAAAGGAUAGAAUGAAACGGCCACGUAGCACAUGCUUCAUAUAACCUCAUGGGAGUUGCAGACGGAGAGCCGGGUUGACGUAGCACGCACCACUGAUGACGUAGACUGAUAGAAACCUAAUGUAAUGUAAAUCUUUUGUGGAUCCUAUUUUAUAGCAUGCUCAGUAGGUGGCUGGCCCUGUAGGUUCAUGGAUUUACUGUACCUCACUGGCCAAUAGGUAACGCACAAUCUAGCUAGCAAAAGCAUCGCAAAGGCAAGACCCUUUAUUUCACAUUGAUACAUUUGUACGCCUUUCUUCAUCCUGUUUCUGAAAAAGGUCUUUCUCGUCAUUGUUCGCCUCUUCGUGUUGCUCAAGCCAUAUGAUUGCAACGUAAGCAAUCAUUACAGAGAACCCUUUACUGCAGGAAGAGGAGUCAAAGGUCAUAGGUGACUCGGAACACUUCAUUUGUUCAUUGAAAGAAAAGAAGAAAAAAAGUUCCUGUGGACGUUUGAUGUUUUCAUGUUUCUCUUUCCAUCCACUGGCAUUAUUAUUAUUAAUACGUUGGCCUAUUUGUUUGUCAUAGUUUGCUGAGCACUCACACAUCCCUCCACUGAGAAUAAACUUUUGUUUGACAUUCCAA